AAAAAAUCCUCAAAAAUUAGCUGCUAAGGGGUGCAGUUUGAAAAAGUAAAACAAAGGAAGAAGGGACAAAAGACAGCGAGGUUGUUGUUUGUUGUCUAAUGUUGCUUUUUGUUUCUUACUAAAAUAGAAACCCCAAUAUCUGUAGGCCCCUCCGAAUUAACCCCUCCUCCAUUCCCUCUGCUCCUCUGCAACUUGUUCUGUUUUUCCGAACGUUGAAGCUUUCCUCCCCCUUCUCUCUCUCUCUCUCUCUCUCUCUCUCUCCACAUUCAUAUACUCCUUUGGGUAUUUUCUGUUUUUUUUCUUUUUUCAGGGGAGAGGGAGUUCCCGAAAUUCACAGAGAUCUGGGAAUUUUCGAGCAGAGCAUGCUUUGCUAGAAAAUGGGGAGGAAAGGGAGUUGGUUUUCUGCAUUGAAGAAAGCCCUCACCCCUGAUCCAAAGGAAAAGAAAGACCAGAAGACUCACAAGUCAAAGAAGAGAUGGUUUGGGAAGUACAAGAAUGAGGAUGCGGUAUCUUCCUGGGCAGAAACCGCAUUUAUUAUCCCUGCCUCCGCCCCCGCCCCCGCCCCUCCUCCUCCUCCGACCCCGCCUCCCAAAGAAGAUGUCAAAUUAGCUGAGGCUGAGAAUGCACAGAACAAACAUGUUUACUCUGUGGCACUUGCCACUGCCGCGGCUGCAGAGGCAGCUGUGGCUGCUGCUCAGGCUGCCGCGGAGGUUGUUCGCCUCACAGCUGUGCCCAUGCCCGGUUACCCUGGAAAGUCGAUGCAGGAGGUUGCAGCUAUCAAGAUUCAGACUGCAUUCCGAGGGCACAUGGCAAGAAGGGCGUUACGAGCUUUGAGGGGGUUGGUGAGGUUGAAAUCAUUGCUACAAGGCCAAUCUGUUAAACGGCAAGCAACUUCAACGUUAAGAUGCAUGCAGACUCUUGCUCGUGUGCAGUCUGAGAUUCGUGCAAGGAGGAUUAGAAUGUCCGAGGAGAAUCAGGCUUUUCAGAGACAGCUCCAACAGAAACAAGAGAAGGAGCUUGAGAAAAUAAAAAAAGAUUCUAUGGGAGAAGAUUGGGAUGAUAGCAUUCAAUCCAAGGAACAGGUCGAGGCAAAGCUACAAAUGAAACAAGAGGCUGCUAUGAGACGAGAAAGGGCGUUGGCUUAUUCAUUCUCUCACCAGAUGAACUCUUCGAAUCCUGCACACCCGACCUUUAUGGAUCCCAGCAAUCCCCGCUGGGGUUGGAGUUGGUUAGAGAGAUGGAUGGCUGCAAGGCCAUGGGAGAGCCGAAGUACAGCAGACUUCAAUGACCGGGCCUCCAUGAGGAGUGCAGCAAGCCGUGCCUCCAUGCCAGUGCGGGAAAUCACCAAAGCUUAUGCUCUUCGCGAUAAGCCUUCUCCUAGGACCCCUACUGCCCUAAGAUCAAGCAGGCCUGCCAGUUGCCAAUCCCCUUCAACUCCUUUCUCCAGGGCACCAUCGUCAGCAUCAGUAACCGGGAGAACCCCAAGAGGAAAUGGCUGGGGUGGAGACGAGGACUCCAGGAGCACACUCAGCAUCCAGUCAGAGCGCUUCAAUAGGAGGCAUAGCAUCGCAGGAUCCUCUGUCAGAGAUGAUGAGAGCCUUGCAAGCUCGCCUUCAGUUCCAAGUUACAUGACACCCACGAAAUCAACAAAGGCCAGGUCGAGGUUGGCAACCCCAAGCUCAAACCAGUCAGAGAAGAACGGGACACCAUCAGAGAAGGGAUCAGUGACGUCUGCAAAGAAGCGGCUGUCAUUCUCUGCAUCACCGGCUGGACCAAGGAGGCACUCCGGUCCUCCUAGGGUUGAUUCUAGCUCCAUUAAAGGCCCUCCAGUGCACGAGAGGAAAGGCAGCAGGUAGCUAGUGAUCAGUCUUGUGUGAGAGAGUGCAUGUAAAAUAAAAGCAAGCUUAAGCAUGUAACUUAGGUAGAUGUCGUUGACGUGAAGAAGAUUGAAUAAAAGAUUGGCCAGGGCUUUGUUAGAGGGUGGAGGAGGAAGAGAAGAGAGGAAAAAUCUGACGGGUUUGUGAUUUUCGUGUCUGUUUCAGUUGUCUUCACGAUUAAUGUCAACAUUUUUUUUUCUUCUUCUCAAACCUUUGUGUUGUUGUGUUUCCGGAUUGUUAUUUAUAAUGUUGUAGCAUAGGAGGAUUGGUUUGUGGGGGUUGAAUGUUUGUUCAUGGUAACAGAAAUAUGGUUUCUUUUGUUGUGUGCA